GCUGGGGUCGCGAUAUUUGGUUGACAGCCCCUUGACAGUCCUCCUUGUCAUCUUGAAAGUUUCCCAACCGGCAACUGAUCUGUCUUCAAGUCUUCGAGUCAUUGCUCCGAGACAAGCCCAGUCCCGAGUACCGACGACAUGGGUCUAUCUGACAGGAACUAAAACCGGUUUGUUUAAGUUUAUCGCCAACGUGCGCGAUAGAGCUGCCCCGUCGAAAUGCGAAGCAGAAGCAACUCGGGCGUGAAAUUGGACAACUAUGCACGCAUCGUGCACCAAACGAUACUUCGACACCAAGACCCGGUGACGGGCCUGCUGCCGGCCAGCGAGGAGCAGCCGGAUGCGUGGGUGCGGGACAAUGUGUACAGCGUGCUGUCGGUGUGGGGGCUGAGCCUGGCCUACCGCAAGAACGCAGACCGCGACGAGGACAAGGCCAAGGCCUACGAGCUGGAGCAGAGUGUGGUGAAGUUGAUGAGGGGGAUCCUGCAGUGCAUCAUGAGGCAGCUGGACAAGGUGGAGAAGUUCAAGCACACCAAGAGCCCUCUGGACUGUGUCCACGCCAAGUACAACACCAGGACCUGUGCCACUGUCGUCGGGGACACCGAGUGGGGACAUCUGCAGGUUGACGCCACCUCCCUCUUCCUCCUCAUCCUCGCUCAGAUGACCGCCUCGGGUCUCCAUGUGGUCUAUACCCAGGACGAGGUGGACGUGAUCCAGAACCUCAUGUUCUACAUCGAGGCCGCGUACAAAGUGGCUGAUUAUGGGAUGUGGGAAAGAGGGGACAAGACCAACCAGGGUAUCAUCGAACUGAACGCCAGCUCUAUAGGCAUGGCUAAGGCUGCGCUAGAGGCCCUGGACGAACUCAACCUGUUCGGAGCCAAAGGAGGACCUGGCUCUGUGGUGCACGCCCUGGCUGACGACAUCCAGCACUGUCAGUCGAUCCUGUCGUCCAUGUUGCCGCUGGCGUCCAUGUCCAAGGAGGUGGACGCCGGUACGCUGGCCAUCCUGACCUACCCCGCCUUCGCUGUGGAGGACAUGGCUCUGGUCAACCUCACCAAGGAGGAGAUCAUCUCCAAACUACAGGGUCGGUAUGGAUGCUGCAGGUUUCUCAGGGACGGCCACAAAACUCCCAAAGAGGACCCCAGCCGCCUGUACUACGAGUCAGCGGAGCUCAAGCUGUUUGAGAACAUCGAGUGUGAGUGGCCCCUGUUCUGGACCUACCUCAUCCUGGACGGGAUCUUCACCAACAGCCCUGAACAGGUACAGGAGUACCAGGAGGCGCUGGAGGGGAUCCUGAUCAAGCAGAAGGACGGGAUCCCCCUGGUUCCGGAACUUUACAGCGUUCCACACGACAAGGUAGCGCUCGGGCUGACGUUGACAACACGAGUGGGAGAGGUUUUCAAAGGGAGUCUCUUUCUGAGUAACGGGUGACAUGCUCACAACCUC